AUGUCUCCAAACCCAACACAGUCGCGAACAGCUGCGAGCAUCCUUUGCAGCUGUCUGUUCACGAUUUUCCUUUCUGCAUGGUUCGCCGUUCGCCCUAAUAUCUCAACGCCGAAUGCCUCCUGGACACGAUUAACAUUGGAGAAGUCGAGAGUUUUCGUUUGGACGCUCCUCUGUCCAGAGCUGAUGUUGAUGUGGGCGCUUCAGCAAUGGUAUGCAGGACGCACAAUUGUGGACUUAGUUCCAGGCCGCGGAUGGACGACUGUUCAUAGCCAUUUCCUUCAAAUGGGUGGAUUAAUUCUAUACAAGGACGGGCGGCCGUCGCAAGCGCUGUGCACUAAACGGCUCUCAAAGCUGUUAGAGUCGGGAGCUGUGGAUCCCCCCAACGUAUCUCGCACAGAGAUCCAGGAUAAGAGCAAGCUGAGUCCAUUCCUGGUCGUCCUUGUGCUCCUACAAGUGGGGUGGUUUCUCGUCCAAUCCGGGGCCAGAUUGGCCAACCGACUUCCGUUGACAGCGCUAGAGUUCGAGACGUUUAUGCUGCUCGUGCUGAACGGGGUGCUGUUGGCAGCUUGGUGGGACAAACCGCUGGAUGUCGCAACGCCUGUUCGCGUCGACCUCAAGUUCGAGAUACCGAGGGAGGAGUUAGAAGAACCGUCAGAACAGGACCCGGAUUUUCACCGGCCCUAUCCCUCCAUCCCCGACCCGCCUCUCCUCCGCCUUUUCACAUCUUUCGUCGUUCGACCGGUAUUAGUCAUCUCCAUCGCGGUCGUCAGAGAAGUCGUCAACCUCUUCGACGAUGACGACGUACUUGAAGGCUCGCUUGCAGUGCCGGUGUACUACGUCUCGCCUCUUACAGAUGGUGGAAAUUCGGCUGCGGUCUUUUUCAUCAUAUCAGUCGUUUUCGGUAUGGGUUUUCACGGCCUUCACUGCUUGUUGUGGAACUCGGUGUUCCCAAGCCAGGCGGAGGCCUUGCUAUGGCGGGUAAGCUCCAUCGUGAUCGCAGGGGUUCCUGGGAUGGUCCUGUUCAUCUUUUUGGUGAUAUGCGGGUUGGUAAUAUUCGUAUCGGAUGCCAUCGUGGAUGCUAUACCAACCAUGCUGUGGGGGUACGGUGCAGUCCUGUUUCUUUGGAUUCACGCCGCUGCACGUCUUGCGAUUCUCGUUGACGCUUUUCUUUCCUUACGAUCUAUGUCGCCAAGACUGUUGGAGGAAAUUUCAUGGACUGCGUAUAUACCUCAUUUUUAA